AUGAAUUACUUAACUGUUCCAGAGGAGAUCCGGAGGGAGGUGGAGCCUCCAGCCCCACAGCCAGUUAUUUCAGUGCCCAUAGCAACUGCCCCAGUGGUAGCACAUAGCCGAUCUAGCCAUUCUAAGCACCUCUCCAGAGCCUCCCACAGCUCCUGGGGCCAUGUGAGCCUAAAGAGUAAGGCCUCUCGAAGCAGCAGCCGAAUUCAGCCAUCCUACACUUCUAUGGGGCAAGGCUGGGAACAAGAUCGCCAUGUGAAAAUUAAGAGGGCCAGAGUGCAGCGUGCCCACAAGAAGCAGAUGGCUGCUGAUGAGCUCAUGCAGAAGUGCUGUAGUAAGAUCGUUCAGGUCUUCCGCCGUGUUCAGUCCAUGCUGGCCACUAUGAUUGAGAGCCUCAUCUUUGAAGUCUUCAUCUUCUCCGUGGUCUGUUUUAACACCAUCAUCCUGGUGGUCCAGACUUUUGCCGAGGUGGAGGUCUGGGGAGAAUGGUACUUCACGGCUCUUGACUCCUUCUUCCUCUGCAUCUACUUUUUGGAGGCUGUCUUAAAGAUCCUGGUCAUGGGAACUAGCUACUUUGAUUCUUGGAACAGCCUAGAUUUCUUCAUCAUGGUUAUGGCCAUGGUGGACUUCCUGCUGAAGCAGAUCUACUUCUCCUCUGCCACGAGAAUGGCCCACAGCAAGACCGUCUUCCGGAUCCUCAAGAUCUUCAAGAGCCUUCGAGCCCUGAGGGCCAUCAUGGUGCUGCGGAGACUCAACUUCUUCAACAGCCUCCAGGAGGUGACGGGGACCCUGGCCAGGUCGCUGCCCUCCAUCGGGGCCAUCCUUGUCCUGAUGUUCACCUGCCUCUUCUUCUUCUCCGUGAUACUCCGAGCCCUGUUCAACUAUUCGGACCCCAAGCGCUUCCAGAACAUCUUUACCACCAUCUUCACCCUUUUUACUCUGCUCACCCUAGAUGACUGGUCCCUCAUCUACUUGUCCAGCCGGGGAAAAGGUGCCUGGUAUAUCAUCCCCAUCCUGAUGAUCUACAUUAUUAUACAAUACUUCAUUUUCCUCAACCUAGUGAUUGCUGUGCUGGUGGAUAACUUCCAAAUGGCUCUACUCAAGGGGCUGGAAAAGGAGAAGCAAAAGAAAGUAGCCCGGAUGCAUGAGAAGCUUCUGGAUGAGAGUCUAACAAACCUCAGCACAGAACCGGAGGAGAAGAUAAGUGACACCUCUCUACAAAUGCAGAUGAUUGAGAAAAAAUACGGGGACCUGACACCUGCACAGCAGGACAAAAUGUUCCACUACCUGCAGCUGAUGGCUGCGGUGGAGCACCACCAGCAGGCCUUUCGCUCCCAGGCGGCGGUCAUCGAUGAGAUCAUUGACACAGUGUUCGAGGCUGGAGAAGAGGAUUUCCAGAAGUGA